GAGCCUCUGGUAAUCAACUUCCCCCACCAUAUGAUACCUAUGACUCUCAGACCGAAACUUUCUGAGGCUUCCACUCUCUCUUCUGCUCCCACGCACGCUCACUGCAGGCCGGGUCAGCGGUUAUCGCCAAGAGUGGUUCUUUUCACGUGCUAAAAUGGCCGCGAUAUUUUGAAAAAAAGUCUACGGGCUAAAAACACCAAAAUGCCGGUGUCUACUGAGAAAGCCACCCAUGGACAAGAAGAAAAGGAGUUUGAAUGGAUUGGAGAAGGAAUAAGUGAAGAUGGCUACGUUUAUUUCAAGAAGUGCAGUAUUAAGGGCACUGUGAUAACAACUGGUUGCUAUGUGCUGAUUAAUUCAAGUGCAGACUGUAUGGUUGGCAAGUUAGAGGCGCUAUACGACCGUGGACCAUACCCUGACCGCCACCGUGCGGAGAUCCACUGGUUAUUCCAAUAUGAUGAGCUCACUCCAGAUGUUAAGUUGAAGCUGAAGGCUGUAGAAGGUGAACUCUUCCUUCCGUGCAACCGUCCUGACCAGAAGCCAAUCUAUGGAAGUGUAGAGAAUCUAGAUGCUGAGACAAUAAUAGAGGAGGCAACAGUGAAGUUUAUAGGAGUGAAGGAAGAAAUCCCUGAUAACAAUGAGAAAAAAAAUGGGAGAGUGUUUUUUGUUAGGUAUGGAUUUGAUAGAAAUGGUGGUAUAUAUCAAGCGAAAGACAUGGUAAAGAUGCUUGAAGAUGUAACACAACAAGACAUGAACAAUAACAAGGCCAUCACUCCAGCAUUCUCCAAGACACCAAUAGCUAGAGCUUAUAAAGAGAAAGCCUGGAGGGUUGGUACCCCUAGAAUGAGAAGGAAGUCUAAUGGUGCAUUUGAACUUGAUGAAUUAAAGGUUGUUUUAAAGGUGAUAGAUAAACACAAGCUUGGGGCCGCUCCAGCAACUAAAACCAGACAAAAGCAAGAACAAAACAAGGAGAAUGGUGAAACACCAAGACAGGAAGUGCCAGCAAACAGACUUAUAAAAACUCCUUUAAGCCGAAGAGAGAGCACAAAACCAACUGAAAAAACUGGAUCGCAAACUCCAGGGAACAGAAAUACCAGGCAACUUGUGUCAAAAAGUGACAAAGGACAAACCAUAAGAAAUACUUCUAAACGAAAAGCCAGCAAAAGUAUCCCAGAAGAGAGCACAGUGGUGUCCAAGAAAAGUAAAGCAAAAGGACAACAAUCUGCUAAGUCAGACCAAAGGACCAGGCAGAAAAAAGGAAAAACUGAAAUAAAAUCUCCCAGGCAGAGAUUUGGUACAACUGAAGUCCUAGAAAUAUUGUUAUCUGAUGAGCCCAACAGCAGUCAUGAUGAUUAUUAUGACAAAGAUGAGUCAUUCAAAGUACAAGAUGCAGACAGUGAUAAUGAUGACGAUGAUAAUGAAAUGGAAGAUGACGAGGAUGAAGAAGAGGAAUUGGCAGAUGAUGAUGAUGAUGAUGAUGAUGUGUUCACCCCAGGCAAAGAAAAAGUGCCAAGAACCCCACAUACAGUGAAGGGGAAGCACAUAUCAUUUCGAACACCACAACCUUCAAAGACUUCUUCUAAGUCCUCUCGGACAUCUUCAAGAACUACCCCAGCUAGGGCUACCCCUUCUAGAAAGUCUUCCAGAACACCUUCCCAGACCCCUAGGAGCCAGCAAAGAAAGACACCAAAAGUGCCAACUGGGGAGAGAUCAAGUGCUAAGACCCCUAGUAGGGGAGGUGGCCGGAAAAGUAUACCCUCCACAUGCACCCCCAGCAUGCCUAGCAGACAACAGCCCUGUAAAACUCCAAGGACACCCCUACAGGAAGCCAGAACCAGACUGCACGUCUCUGCUGUACCUCCAUCCCUUCCAUGCCGUGAGGACGAGUUUUCAGAUAUCUUUGGGUUUGUUGAAGGGAAACUAACUGAUUCUGAAGGAGGAUGCAUGUACAUCUCCGGUGUGCCAGGCACAGGGAAGACUGCCACUGUACAUGAGGUCAUCCGACUGCUGUCUGAAUCCAUGGAAGACGAUUUUUGCUUUGUUGAGCUCAAUGGAAUGAAGAUGACGGAGCCCAAUCAGAUCUAUAGCAUGCUACUCAAGAAACUUACGGGACAGAAAGCCACCCCUGCGCAUGCGUCAGAACUGUUAGAUAAGAUGUUCAGCAGUAACUCAUCACAGCGUGAUUGUGUCGUGCUUAUGGUGGAUGAGCUGGAUUUGCUCUGGACGCGUAAGCAGGGAGUCAUGUACAACCUAUUUGAGUGGCCAAGUCGGCGACACUCCAAGCUGAUAGUCCUCGCUAUCGCUAACACUAUGGAUUUGCCGGAGCGCAUGAUGAUAAACAGAGUGCAGAGUAGAUUGGGCCUGACUCGGAUCACCUUUCAGCCGUACACGCAUGCUCAGCUGCAGCGAAUCGUGCUGUCCAGGAUUCAAGACCUGAAUGUAUUCGACCCCGACGCUAUGCAGCUCGUGGCUAGGAAGGUCGCAGCAGUAUCGGGAGAUGCUCGUCGAUGCCUCGACAUCUGUCGGCGUGCUGUCGAGAUUGCCGAUCUCCAGACCAGUAAAAAAGCCACUCCAAAGUCGAAGAAACCUUUAUCGUUGGUUGGGAUGAUUCACGUGGAUCAGGCCUUACAAGAGAUGUUCUCUUCGCCUAAAAUCAAAGUCAUGAUGAAUCUGUCAAUGUUUGAAGGUUUACUGAUGAAAGCAGUUCUGGCAGAAUUCAAACGAUCGGGCGUCGAAGAGGCUGCAUUUAGUGAGGUCUAUUGUCAGUUGGGAAAUCUUUGUAGACUGGAAGGGCUCACUCCGCCAUCCACUACUGAGGCCUCAAUAAUAACAAGUAGACUGGGCGCCACUCGUCUUCUAUUGGUUGAGCCCGGCCGUCUGGAUCAGCAGAGAAGGAUUCGUCUAAACGUGAAUCAAGAUGACGUCAUAUACGCACUGAGAAACGCUACUCUUGGUAAUUGACGAUAGCUACUUAUAGUUAAGACAGAGUAUUACACCCAAUAAACAGUACAGUUUUGAUAUAACGAUAAUUUCUGAGUAAAUAAUUUUGCACCCCAACAACUGUAGAAUGCUCGUAUAAAGGAAAUUAUUUUCUCAUAUCGAUGCAAUUUUCUUGUAAUAUCGUUAUAUCGAGGAUCUACUAGAAAUGAAGAAAUCACAUAAUUAAAAUCAUUUCAUUCAUUUGACUACUGCCACUCAAAUCUCUAUGAAAGUUAUUUUUGAUUGUACAAGUAAAGAUGACAAUAUGUGUAUAUAACGCGAAGACCUUCAUUUUAUAGACUACACGAGUAAAUAAAGUACUAUUUUUGUGUCA